CAUAUUCAAACUUCGCAUUGAUGGUGAAUAAAAUGAUGUCAAUUUCUUAUCCUUCGUGAGCAUUCGUACUUUACUCUAUUUACCUGUAACUAUGGAUGGCAACAGUGAUUUUGAUAGUGCGGAUUCUGAUGAGGAGUUACAAACUGCAAUUGCAAAUAAUUUACUGAAACCUGGUCUAAAUAUUGAGAUUCAACCUCGAGAGUUAGUCAUCAAUCGAAAAGAUGAUAUGGAAAAUAUUCUAAACAAUUUCCGGUUAAACCUGAACUGGGUUGAAAGACUUGACUACACUAGCAUGACCACAACUGCAGAACAACUGGAAGAAGUUAUUGGUGACGCUGAACAUGCAUCAGUGAAUAAUGACUUUCAGAGAGAACUUUGUUUCUACAAACAAGCCCAAUCAGCAGUAUUGAGUUUGAUGCCAAAGCUUCAAAUGGAUGGAAUUCCUACCAAAAGACCUGAUGACUAUUUUGCAGAAAUGGCUAAAUCUGAUUUACAUAUGAAGAGAAUUCGUGAGAAGUUAAUUGCCCAAGAAAUUGGAAUGGAAAAAUCAGAAAAGGCUAAAAAAUUAAGAGCUGCUCGUAAAUUUGGUAAACAGGUCCAGAUUGAUAUUCUCAAGAAAAGAGCACAAGAAAAGAAGAAAAUGUUAGAAGAAGUAAAGAAAUAUCGGAAAGGUCAGAAGGACAAACUUGAUUUCCUUGAUGAUAUCAAAAUAGAAGAUGAAGACAAAUCUAACAAAACCUCAAGACGACGAAACAACUCUAAUAGAAAAGAAACUCAAAACCAACCAAACAGUAAACGUCAGAGCAAAAAUGAACGUUUUGGUUUUGGAGGUAAAAAGAAACGGUCAAAAUCGAACAAUGCUAAGAGUUUUGAUGAACUUUCUCCCAUAGAAAGUAUGAUGAUGAAUCAAAGUUCUCGUAAACAUCAGAACAAGAAACAGAAAGGGACUCAAAAGCAGCGAAGAUUGGGAAAGAACCGAAGAAAUCAAAGCAAAUUCCGAAAUAAAAAGAAAUGAUUUCAAAUUAGUUUAUAAAUAGCUUUAAAAAUAAACAUUUUUCUUUACAUAAGAA